GUGCUACCUGGCCUCCCUCAGUCACUCCUCCCCGCGCCUCCCCGCCACACUACACCUCCCCGGCGGCACCACCCCUCGCCGCCACCCAGUGUAACACUAGAGGCGGUGUGCGUGUGUACUCCUGACCCAGCACCACGCUGUCAUCACUGAUGAACCUUUACUGAAGACCAGAGUGGGAGUUUAGGAGGAGCGCCGUGCUGCUGCUGCUGCCCUACACUACCUCAGUGUGCACUGUCUUACCCAGUGACGCCUCCUCCAUGCUUACUGCUCCUGCUGCUGCCUUCCUCACCUGCCCUCCCUGGCCUGCCCUCCCUGGCCUGCCCUCCUCCCUCAGUGAGGAGCCCUCUGUGGCCUAAGUGUCCCAGCCCUCGCCCUUGGACGCCAUCACCAGCACCAUCCACCACAAGGAUGGACCACCCUGGCAGACACCCACGUGGCUGGACGUGGUGACCCGGUCAACACUUGGCGAGGGUCACCAUGUGUGAGGGGGACAACACUUAGGUGUGACACGGGGUGAGGCAGUGGACCAGGACUGUGAACACCUUCCCCUGGUGUGUAGUGUGGGGUGGACCAGGACUGUGAACACCUUCCCCCUGGUGUGUAGUGUGGGGUGGACCAGGACUGUGAACACCUUCCCCUGGUGUGUAGUGUGAGGUGGACCAGGACUGUGAACACCUUCCCCUGGUGUGUAGUGUGGGGUGGACCAGGACUGUGAACACCUUCCCCUGGUGUGUAGUGUGGGGUGGACCAGGACUGUGAACACCUUCCCCUGGUGUGUAGUGUGAGGUGGACCAGGACUGUGAACACCUUCCCCUGGUGUGUAGUGUGAGGUGGACCAGGACUGUGAACACCUUCCCCUGGUGUGUAGUGUGAGGUGGACCAGGACUGUGAAGACCUUCCCCUGGUGUGUAGUGUGGGGUGGACCAGGACUGUGAACACCUUCCCCUGGUGUGUAGUGUGGGGUGGACCAGGACUGUGAACACCUUCCCCUGGUGUGUAGUGUGAGGUGGACCAGGACUGUGAACACCUUCCCCUGGUGUCUAGUGUGAGGUGGACCAGGACUGUGAAGACCUUCCCCUGGUGUGUAGUGUGGGGUGGACCAGGACUGUGAAGACCUUCCCCUGGUGUGUAGUGUGGGGUGGACCAGGACUGUGAACACCUUCCCCUGGUGUGUAGUGUGGGGUGGACCAGGACUGUGAACACCUUCCCCUGGUGUGUAGUGUGGGGUGGACCAGGACUGUGAACACCUUCCCCUGGUGUGUAGUGUGGGGUGGACCAGGACUGUGAACACCUUCCCCUGGUGUGUAGUGUGGGGUGGACCAGGACUGUGAACACCUUCCCCUGGUGUGUAGUGUGGGGUGGACCAGGACUGUGAACACCUUCCCCUGGUGUGUAGUGUGGGGUGGACCAGGACUGUGAACACCUUCCCCUGGUGUGUAGUGUGAGGUGGACCAGGACUGUGAAGACCUUCCCCUGGUGUGUAGUGUGGGGUGGACCAGGACUGUGAUCACCUUCCCCUGGUGUGCAGUGUGCCAACACGCACAGGCAGCAAGACCAUACUUGCUGCGUCUUCUCUUGUUUCUUGGCAACUGCGCUUUGUUGUGGAGUUUCUUGUCAACAUUGCUUACUGUAAAACAUUCUAAGAGCAAAGAUUGGCGAUAUUGUUGAAAGUUCUCCAGUGAUUGUUGAGAGCUUCCUGACCUUAGUGGCUGUGUCUUAUCUCCCUGGCUCUAUAUCACUGCUGUCUCUUCACUUCUCACAAGGAAGGCACAAUGUUUCUUAGUGCUGGAAGAAAGUCGUAGAACGUAAGUCUUUUAAAUAUUACCAACCGAAAGUAAAUUAUGUAGAGACUUUGAAAAAGGCAACUUGGCUGGUGAAUACGAUUAUAGAACACUUAGCAAUAAUAAGACUAUUGAGAGAAACUUGUCGUGUGCACUUGUGAGAAGCGUAAAGUGUUGUGAGAGAUAAGACACUCUCAGGAAGAGGAUUACCAGUGGUAAUAGAUAACGAGACAAAUUACAUACAAUAUCUUCAGUGUUGUAUAACACAUUGGCACGAAGUUAUCACGUUUGUUUUAAGUGUGAUAACCUCCAAAGUUACGGUUGGUCGUCAAGCUCCAAACGUGACCUCUCCCCGCCACUUGUGCUCCACUCCACUCAAGGCUUCGUCAAUAUAAACCUCACCUUACUAAGCAAUGUUGAGUGCAACACACGCAACGACAUCGUUGAAAAGUUGAACAAGUUUCACCCAAACGUUCACCUACUCCGCAAAAGCUGUUUUUAUUAUUAUUAUUGUGUGUGUCGGUGAGCCCCGGAUAUUUGGUGGUGGUUGACGUUGUCGUUGAAGUAAAGGCGGGAACUCUCAGACGUGGCUGUGACCUCUAGCAGCAAUGUGUUGAGGCCAGAAUGUGUUCGUCUGUGAUCCUUAACAUGUUCAUGGAGGAGGAGGAAGACAAGGUCUCUCCGGAAGCCUCACCACAGACCCACGAGUCUGUCAUGGAGAUCUCCGACUCCUACUUGAAUACUCCAGAGUCGUUCCUGGAGACUGGGCGCUCUAGGGUGGAGGGGUGUUACCCUCUCGUGGAGUGGCAGUGCACGCCUUCCCUGACCACCUCUCCUGCCACCACCUACCCUGCCACCACCCCUGCGCUACCUCUCUUCUCCCAUCUCUUGUCAGAGUCCAAUGUGGUAAACUGCAACUCCACCACCACCACCACAACAACCAACAUGAUCUGCCCUGAAGUCAAGGAUUCUCUGGAAGAUUUUCUCUUACAGAUGGACUUUGCUGGUCUCACCAAAGAUGUAUCGGAAUCGAGCAGUGAUGAUGACCUGAUUCACAAGCUGUCAAAUGACUUGGAGCUUCCACUGGCUUUGGAUGACAUGGAACCAGUGUCAUCGUGGUCACCAGAGCCUGGAGACAUCUUCCAGUCUCUCACCAGUAAUGAAAACAUCUCCAAUGUUCUCAAAUCUGAAGGUGACAUGACAGCGGAGGAGCUAACUCGAGCUUUGUACCCAAAUCUGGUAUCUGGAUCUGUGGUCGAGACUCGCAGUCAUCCUCUCACAAGAAUUAGAAACAAGGUGAAAGAGGAACCAUGUUCUCCACAGCACUUCCUGCAGAUGCCAUCAUCUCCAGAUGACAAUGAUGACAUUUGGGAAUUGCUUUGUGACUCAGAUGUGAAGCCCAUUAUCAGAGCACUGGACACUCCACCAUUUACACCCCCCCAGGCUGAGGGCUCGCCCCCACAGAGCCCACAGCCACCCUCACCAGUCAGUCUCCCUUCAUCUGCAGUGUUGCUUUCUCCUGCACCACACCACCACCAACAGAGACACGCAGCAAAUGGUACCACCAUCAAUCACAUCUCUCAGCCAAUCAAAGUUGUAACCAUUACGACACGCAACGGAACAACUGGGCCAGGAUCCACGAAGGGAGGUCGCAUUACUAAAACUAUGAAGAUUCAGCCCAAAAUGGUCACCACCACUUCAACACAACCUCAGGUUAUCAGCAUCGUCAACUCCUCCAGUGGGCCAAAACUCACAUUACCAAAGACAGUAACCAGAACCAUUCCUACAGGAGGCACGAGAAUAGUUCAAGUUAAACCGCCUUCUGGACCAACCCAAGUCACUACCAACACCACAAUCACCAACCCACUCUCAUCCAUACUAACUACACAAAUUGGGAGCCAGGCAACUGUGGUCUCACCGCCGCCGCCACCACUACCACCACCAGCAGCCGCCCCCCUGGCACCGUUAGCCCCGGCCCUAGCUCCUGGUAUGAAGCAUGGCACCAUGCCUGAUCUGAAAGCUUUCAAAAGACAACAGAGAAUGAUAAAGAACAGAGAAUCUGCGAGUCUUUCAAGAAAAAAGAAAAAAGAGUAUCUAACUGCCCUUGAAGGAAACAUUGCAGAUCUUCAAAAAGAGAAUCAAAAGCUAAAAGAGGAAAAUUCCCAUCUGCAACAAAGAAUCAUAUCACUUGAAGCUGUGUGUGCUAGUUUACGACAGUCAGUCAGCCGUAGUCCCAGCAGAAAAACCACAACUGCCCUUUUUGCUCUUAUUUUUCUCUUCUCUCUUAACCUUGGACCUUUAACGGGUGUUCUUCUGAGCAGUGAAUCAAAGCUAAGUUCACUCAAGACAAUGAUGCAUGGGAGCAAGACAUCAAGUAUUACUUCAGGGUUUCAUCAGCGCUCACUUCUCUGGUCUAGUGAUGACUUGGUGUCAACGGAAACAGGAAGUACACCUCAGUUAGCCACCAAUACAUCGCAUACAUGUCCCAUUUACUUCAAUGCCACAGAAAGUUUGAGGCUAGAAACUGAACUUCGGGGAUGGUUUGAACACAAAUUCAGACCUUCAAAGUCUGAAAAGAAGAGGGAAGAUAAACUUCGAACAUCUCAUCCAAAAACAAAAGAGGGAAGAUCUCUACGUGCUAUUCAUGGAGAUGUAAUUCCAGAGACUCGCAAGCCUGUUGUCAAUGAAGUAUGGAAUGCCUUGGUGCCUCCCUCCCAGCCACCAACCCGUCUUUACCGCUAUAUUCACCCUGAUGUCCUGCAGGUGGAUCCUUCUACCAGCACUGAAGAGGAGACAGCAGUAAUGACAACAAUUCCCAGGCUCUCCUCAUUUCUUGAAGCUAUCCAGCGUCGUGAUGACACCUAUUAUGUUGUGUCCUUUUCUCCUGAUCACCUGUUGGUUCCUGCUACUGCACGCAAUGAUUCUGCUCGGCCUCGUAUGUCCCUUCUAAUGCCAACACCUCGGCCAAUCAAUGAAUCUCUUGCGCCCCCGGAUGCUCAUAUUGCAAUGAUGCAGAUUGAUUGUGAGGUCAUUCACACUCGCCUUGUCCAUGUGUCGGAAGAAGUUGUACCUGCUCAUCUACGUGCUGGUGGCACUAAUGCAUCACAUCCAUCUUCAGACAGUGCUUCAAAUAAUCGUCAGGAGAGGCGUAAUACCCAUGGCAGAUCCCGACCUUUCCUUUCCAAGCCUAUUUACCCAACCAAAUAAUUUACACACACACACACACACACACACACACACACACACACACACACACACACACACACACACACACACAUACA